AUGGCCACCCCGCAGCACAAAUACUCGCUCUGGCUCAGCCCGCCCAAAUAUUCCCCCGCACAUGCCAGCAUCCAGUCGCUAAUCGCCCAAUUCUCCACUGCGCCAGGCUCACCCGUUUUCUCGCCACACCUGACACUAUUCUCGCCUGUGCGCACAGACAGCGAUGCUGCGGCAAUUGAGCAAGUGCAGCUUUAUGUGGCAAAGCUACGAGAAAGGCAACUGAGCCAGAUUCCGACUGAGAUCCGUAGGGUCGCCAGUGGAAGCAAGUUCUACCAGUGCAUCAUGCUUGAGGUCGGCGGUGUGCAUGAGGACGCUGUGCGGUCAGCGAAUACAAUUGCGCGUGAGCACUGGGAUGCUACCGACCAGCCUAACUACUACCCUCAUGUCAGCUUGGUGUACAGGGAGUGCACAGCCGAGCAGCGGCAAGCAACUGAAGGAGGCUGUUGA